UUAAAAUCACAACUAAAGACUAAAGUUGUUGUUACACGUGUAUGACAAACGCGUAGGAUUUGAGAGUGGGUUGGAACAAAACUUGGGGAAGAAACACAAGAAGUAAAACGUUGAAUCCGGAAAAAAAAAACCGCGGCGUCUUUAGCGAAACAGCUUCUUUUAUUUGUCUUCUCUCUUCUUAUUCCCUUGGUUUGAUCUCUCAGCUUCCAAAAACCCAGGGGCUUAAUUCUCUAACAAACGCAAUCACUCAAACCUAACUAUCUUUCUUAUAUAAUUAGUGAAUCUCAAACACCACUUCUCUUACAAAAAAUCUCCCAGAACUCUUACAAAAACAGAAUCUAGCCGACAAAACAAGAUGAGGAUUAGCUGUAACGGAUGCAGAGUUCUUCGAAAAGGGUGUAGUGAUGAUUGUAGUAUACGACCGUGUUUGGCUUGGAUCAAAUCCCCUGAAGCGCAAGCAAACGUAACCGUGUUUCUCGCCAAGUUCUAUGGCCGUGCUGGACUCAUGAACCUCAUCAACGCUGGUCCCGAUCACCUUCGUCCUGCGAUUUUCCAGUCGUUGUUGCAUGAGGCUUGUGGGAGGAUCGUGAACCCGAUCUACGGUUCGGUUGGUUUAAUAUGGUCGGGAAAUUGGCAGCUUUGUCUAGCCGCCGUGGAGGCGGUGAUGAAAGGUGAACCGAUCACAGAGAUGGCCACAGAGACCGCCACCAAUGGCCAAAGCCCGCCGCUGAAAAUGUACGACAUCCGUCACAUUUCCAAGGAUGAAAACUCCUCCCCUGCCGCAGCGUCAACCGAUCUGAAACGGCCGAAACCUCGCCGAGCGAAGCGAGUCGCUGAACCGGCGGAUUCGGAGGGAAAGUCAGCUGGUGGAGAGGAGGCUAGCCACGUGUCGUCGUUGAGUCACCAGUCGGAAAUAAUCGUGGCUGCUCAUGAAGGAGAGAGCAAAGUCACGGAGGUGAUGGCUUUCUCGCCGCCGGCUGUACAGUGUUCCGGUGAGAUCAAGCUUGACCUAACAUUAGGGCUCGAGGCGGUGUCACGUGCGGACCACGUGGUGCCUCUUAAGAAGAGAAAGAUCGGCGUGUUCGGCACGUGUGUAGAGGAGAGCCCGUGUAAGACUGAGCUUAAGCUCUGAAAAGCUCUGUUCUAACUUUUUGAAGUUUUGCUUGCAUUCGGCUUCGUUUGGGUCGGGAUGUGAUACUAUUGGGCCAAGCCGUAACGUAGAACUGGGCCGAUAACUUUUAAAAAAAAAAAUAUUUGUCUCUAUAUUUCCUUUUUAAUUUGUACUCCCCUGGUGGUAAAAAUUAGAGCAUGUACAAACUUAUUUUACAGAGAUAAAUUUAAAGUGAUUAUUAA